AUGGAUGGAGGGAGCUCCAUUAAAAUCCUGUACUACGAGACCUUCCAGCGGCUCGGCCUGCCAGACUCGCACCUCGAGAACACCAAAGUCACGUUCCAUGACAUCGUCCCGGGGCGGAAGGCCUUCCCGAUCGGCAAGGUCACGCAGCCGGUAACCUUCGGCACACCUGUGAACUACCACACCGAGCGGAUAACGUUCGAGGUGGUCAACUUCCGCAGCCCAUACAACUGCGUCCUCGGUCGCCAGGAGUUCGCCAGGUUUAUGGCUGCGCCUCAUUACGCCUACAAUAUGAUGAAGAUGCCCGGGCCCCAUGGCGUCAUCACCGUCCACGGCGACCCGGAUAUGGCACUAGAGUGCGAGGACAAUAGCGCCAAGCUCGCCGACGCCAUCAUCGCCGAGUAA